CCUCAAUGGAGGGAUAUGUGGCUGUCCACCUGCCCAUCACUACUCUCGUUGACGGCCCGUCUUGGCAGGUAUUGCUGACGACGCGAGUAAGUACUUGAUUACGAGGCUGCUGCAUCCUUCACACUCUUCUGGAUGAACACCUAGUUGCGUGUGUCAGCAUCAUCAAAUGACCACCCCCAAUCUGUACACCAAGGGCUUACGGGGAUGGUUAAGCUACGCUUUUGCCAGCGAAGUCUUCGUCAUCGUGUCCCUCACUCUCUUCCUUCCAAUCUGUCUUGAGCAAUUCGCUCGGGAUAAUGGCCGAUUGACACCUGCACGCACCGAGCCUUGUGUUUCCGCAUCUCCCGUCCCGAUUGAAGCUGGUGGACGAUGUGUCGUUCAGAUCGGUUGGUUCUGGAUCGACACUGCAAGCUUCAGCCUCUAUGUCUACUCGUUCUCUGUGGCCAUGCAAGCCCUAACGGUGAUCUCAAUGGGCGGUAUCGCAGAUCACCCUCCUCACCGCAAGAUGCUCUUGUUGACUUUUGCGUUCUUCGGGUCAAUUGGGGCUAUCCUCUUCCUGGCACUCUCGUCCACUUCACCGUUCUGGGCCCUGUCUGCUUUAUUCGCCUGUGUCGCAAAUGUUGGAUUUGGUGCCUCGGUUGUUGCCAUGAACUCUUAUCUCCCUUCCUUGGCCAAGGAGGCUCCUGAGGUCGUUAGACUGCGGCAGGAGAUUGAAGAUUCAACCAGGGAGGAUCUGUCUGAAAAUGGCACAGAGCAAGAUGCGCUACUGAAUCAUACACCUUCAAAAGCCCUUCUAUCACAAUACGACGCCGAGCUCUCGAGAACAACGGCGAGGAUAUCUUCUCUCGGUAUCGCCAUUGGAUAUGGCUCAGGGAUAUGUCUAUUGGCUGUGGCCAUCAUACCUGUCACUAUGCUGCGCGGCUCGACAUUCUCUUUGCGCCUUGCUAUCGGGCUCAGCGGGAUCUGGUGGGCAGUGUUCACUCUCCCUGCAGCCGUCUGGUUACCUGGUGCGGCCUCGGUUCCUGCAGAGUCUGCCGAGCUGGAGGAUGAGCGCAAGUGGAGCUUCUGGCGAGAAAUUGGUGCUGCAUGGAAGCGUCUAGGCGGAAUGAUUCAUCCCAGAGAAAUCAAGCGCUUACGCAACACCUUCAAAUACCUUGCUGCAUGGUUUCUGUUGUCGGACGGAUUCACAACUAUCACUUCGACUGCGGUCUUAUUCGCUAAAACGACGCUGCACAUGGAGCCUUCUAAACUGAUUUUAGUAGGCGUCCUGACACCACUGUCGGGAAUCGCGGGCUCCCUAGCCUGGCCCAUGCUACAGCGCAAGUUGGGUUGGUCAAACCUGCGUGUGAUCAUCACCCUAGUGAUGAUGGCAUCUGCUGUGCCCGUCUACGGAUGUCUGGGAUUCCUGAGCAUCUUCCGUGGGUCGUCCUUCGGAGGUUUGACAACACCCAACGAGAUGUUUGUCCUUGCUCUCUACUUCGGAUCAAUCUAUGGUGCUUUCCAGAGCUUUGCGCGAGCAUUCUACGCUGAACUUUUGCCGCCUGGCGAAGAGGCGCGAUGGUAUGGUCUAUUCUCUAUCACAGACAAGUCCAGCUCUUUCAUCGGUCCUUUGAUUGUUGGUCUGAUAUCGGACACUACCGGUAAUAUUCGAUUUGCAUUCUUCUUCCUGGUAUUUAUGAUCUGGGCUGCUGUGCCUGUACUUAUGAGCGUUGAUGUCGAGCAAGGCCGGAAGGAUGCUAGAGAGUACAAAUACGCAACUUCGUAGGAUACGAAACCAAUUGUACCACGGAUCAAGCAACUCGGAUCAGAUGAUGAACACGCUAUGACGUCGUAGCCUGCUACAAUACAUGCAUCGUUGUGCGCGACCUCCAUGUUGACCGGCUGCGGACGCGCACAUAACGCGCUCCGUUUCGUCAACGGCUUAUCUGUGCAUGCUCAACGUGCCGAGAACACGAAGGGGACAUGUGUCCAGGGCUACAUCUAUGCGACUCCGCUCAUAUCCCCCGUUUCAUCACAGUUCAAGAUGCCCAACCACGAGCUGCGCACAGUGAAAUCGCACUCUAGGAAUCGGCCGUCGAAUCUUCCCGUACACUGGCUGUUUCGAAGUAACAUCCCUCGCCGACGCACCUCUUUCCUCCCCGCGGAUAUACAGAAGAGGAACUUUUUCGGCAUGGGAGAGAUAGUCGGCGUAUUGACUAACCCCGCGGAGACCGUCCGCUCACUCACCGAAUCCAAGCGGCUGCUCGAGGAUGCGCGUCGAGAGAUUGAAGAGAACAAGGAGCGCUCACAACUACGGGUCACACACACCUUCUCGCGGUACCCAGGGUUCUUUCCACGGCGGGCUGAGAUGCGUAUCCUCAACCAGAUUCUCGAAGGAGAGCCUGCUUUCACCGUGUUAUUUGGCUCAAGCUCUGUGGGCAAGACGGCUUUGUUGCGUGAGGUUCUCUGUGGGGACAAGUACCAUGUCUUGCACUUCGACUUGCGUAUCGCCGGAUUCGCAGAUCUACCCAGCUUGUACAUGAGCUUGAGCCAGCAGAUGCAGCAGUACUUCGAAGAAGUGGGACAGAUGCCUGGCUACGACGAUUUUGAGAAAGAAGCUUGGGGAUUCAAGCACGAUCGUUUGAACGUGGAACGAAGAAUGGCCGAGAUGCCAGUCGGGACCGACGGACGCAAUAUCAGGACCAGUGAUAUCGCUCGCUUGAUGGAAUUGUUCCAAAGUUCGUUGCUGAAGUACCGCGAGUUCGAGCCCGCAGACGAAGUCCCGGUCAAGAAGCGCGAAUCCAAGACAGAAGAGAAACCACCCCGCCGGCGAUUUUGGUUUCGGAAAAGCAAGGCUAACGAUGUCAGGAGCAUACCGUCUGAGAAGGAGCCGAGCGACAAGCCACCGGCAAAGAAGAUUCCAGUGAUCUUUUUCGACGAGGCGCAUCGCCUACCGUCCCUCGUUCAAUCAAUGGAGACCAUGAAGUGCCUACUGGACGCUAUGCUCGUUCUUACGAAACAAGAUCGGUUAUGUCACGUCAUCCACGCCACAAGCGACCCAUUCUACCAGACUUGGCUUCGUCAGCUGAACAUCAUGCAGCAUUGCAAGAUAAUCACCAUUGGUGACUGCUCUAGAGCAGAGACACGCGAAUACUUCAACGAGCGGAUCUUGCCUAGGGUGCCGCGGCGGCUUGGUAUGCGGCUGGAUUUUGACCGGCUGUACGAAGCUUUUGGCGGGAAAUUGGCUCACUGGCAUGACUAUUGCACCGAUUUUAUCAAUUCCAAUGGGACCUUGGACAUCAAACAAAGUUCUCAUUUCCUACAAGCGCAUGCGUUGCUCAACCUCCAUCUGAUCCAUUCAUCUCAGUCCGUCGCAUCCAAGUCUACAAAGGAGGAAUCUCGGAUGUCGCGGGGCGCGCCCUCUGGAUUCCGGAUUUACUCACCCAUCAGCCACCCGUACGGUCCCAACGACAGCCCGGCUUCGGGAGACUACAAGGCAGACUUCACCGCUGUGGAAUUGCUUAAAGUGAUCAACCACCUCGUUGAGCCGACGGUGCAGUACAUCCCGUACUUUCCGCUCUGCCGCGAGCUCAGUGUCCGAUCUGUGGAUGGCAUGGUGAAAGGGCGCGUGCUUGACCUUCGCUGGACGGAAUGCGUGACGGAUGAAUAUGCGUAUGAGGAGGCCCGGACGGCUCACAAUCGGCGCAACACGAGCAGCGACACUGCCGUCGACAACGACCAAGCUUCCGAAACAGGGGACAGCGAUAUACUUCCUGCAUCUCAGUAUUCGAAAGACGGACCGGAGGUCGUCGGAUGCAAGCUGGUUCCUUCGCCCAUCAUGCGAUACGCCAUGCGUGAAGUGGCCCAAGAAUAUGAUGAAUCGGACCAGAAAACAAUGUCGGAUUACAGGUCUUUGUCGGACGUAGAAGUGGAGGAGUACUGAUUGACUUGUUACGAGAGCCUAUUUCCUACUUGUACCUAUGUAAGUACUUCGUAUUGAGGGCACAUCGGAACUACAUGAUACUUUCGGCUCACAUCGGCCGAGCGUGCUUAAUCUCAUACUGCCAUGACCAGAAUCAAUCCUCCCCCACCGGUGCCGGCGCUCCAAAGCCCUGUUUGGCGUCCUGGCGAUAACGCACCUGCAGUGCCCGAGUCUCCAGACACGGUGUACAGAGAAGAUAUCCUCGCCGCAAUCGAAAGCAGCCUGAAGGGUCUGGACGGGGAAUUAAGGGAACUCGGCAUCGACAUCCACGACCACCCCGAGCUGGGCUUCGAAGAGCACCGCACCCAUGACGUAUUGACCGCGUUCAUGGAGCGUCAUGGGUUCGAGGUGACGCGGCACUACUACCUCGAGACCGCGUGGAGAGCGGCGUUCUCCAGCGGGAAGGGCGGGCGGACUGUGGGAGUCAAUUCCGAGAUGGACGCCUUGCCUGGCAUCGGCCACGGUUGCGGGCACAACCUGAUCGCGAUCUCCGGCGUUGCGGUGGCGUGCGCCAUCAAAGCGGUGUUUGAGCAGUUCGGGAUUAACGGCACGGUCGUGCUGCUUGGGACACCAGCGGAAGAAGGAGGGAAUGGGAAGGUCGCGCUCCUGGACCGCGGCGCGUACAAGGAUAUGGCGGUGUGCUUGAUGACCCAUCCUGCGCCCGGUCCGAAAGCGUCCGUCAGUCUGAGCAGCUGCCUGGCUCUGGAGCGACUUGAGGUCGAAUAUUUUGGUCACACCGCGCAUGCUGCGUUGUCUCCUUGGGAGGGCCGAAAUGCUCUGGACGCCGCGGUGCUCGGAUACAACAACAUCUCUGCUCUGCGUCAGCAGCUGAAGCCGACGCACCGUGUUCAUGGGAUAUUCGAAGGGAAAAAGUGGGCUCCCAAUGUCAUUCCAGACUAUGCCAAGUUCAACUGCUACGUCCGGGCGCCCACGUUGGCGGAGAUGAAAGAGACGUUGAACCGUGUUCUCCCUUGCUUCGAAGCCGCAGCGUUGGCUUCGGGAUGCACCCAUAAGGUAGCGCUGACCGGAACAGCGAACGAUCUGCGGCAGAACAAGGCGCUUGGUGAGGAACUUGCACACAUCAUUCGCAGCAAGUACGGCAGCAUCGACUACGAAUGGGGCAUCAAGAAUGCAUCGACGGAUUUCGGAAAUAUCUCAUAUGCACUGCCAUCGCUGCAUCCUGGUUACGCGAUUCCGACGGUUCCAGAUGGGGGCAACCAUACAGCGGCAUUCACGAAUGCCGCGGCGAUCAUCGAAGCCCAUUACGCGUGUUUGGACGUUUCGAAGGCCCUAGCUGCUGUUGGAGUGCGAGUGGUCAUCGAUGACCAUUUCUAUGCUGAGGUGCAGAAGACAUUUGAAGAGGACAAAAUCGCGCGUCUGAUGUAGUGGCGCGGCGUCGGACAGUGUUUGCAGUGUGUAGUUGUCGUGCCAUGCGAAGUGCUUGUACGAGCUACUCCAAGCUAUGGAAGCUUGGUAAAUUAAUGCAUGGUGUGCAGCUAUGUAUGUAUGUAAGGAAUUCGAAAGCUACUCAGUCACCUGUCGGUCAACUCGGCCCACUCUCGAUUCUGUUCGCUUCGAGAAGUGCCUUAGUAGGUAUACAGGCUGUCCUCGCUCUUGUCCUACUGGCCGCCACCAGCAUCGGCCUGGCAAGCCAAUGCCCUCGCCAAUGCACACAAAACAUCACCGAAGAGAUCGGCGAUGGCAAGACCAUGAACUUCCAGCUCGGCGUGGAAUACGUCGAUGACGAGGGCAUCUAUUUCUGCGGGUACGAGGAGACGGGUGUUGACCCCAAACAUGUGCACGAGGGAUUCUGCAGCUAUAACGUUUGUUGAUCCAUUCCUAGCAGGCCUGUGUUGUUGCUGACUCGAUCCGACUUGCAGAAACACGGCCAUCUCAUGGAGAACGACGACGAUCUCCACAGCUGUCCUCCAUGGAUCAAAAAAGAGAAGGGAUGCAAGUGAUCGUCGCUGGAUGUUCUGGCAGUUAUUACUCUACCGAACAGAUGGAGACAUUGUCAGUAGACGACUUGGAUUAUAACCCGCGAUUGUUGCAAAGAAAGAAAGUUCCCAUCCAGACUUGUUUGAUCGGUAGAUGUUGCAACCAUAUUGCUCGAAAGAAGGUGCCAAAUCGUCAGCCACAAGCCACGGAUGGUGAUACAGCAAGUUGAGUGUGGGUGCGCAGGUUUCGCCACUGGCUGCGUCAGCCAUGACAAGAAGUACACACAGCGAGCCCGAAGGAGAUGCAUAUAGAAGCUGUCGACGAUUGUCAUGGUCACAAUUAAAAACUCCAAGUGGCUGCGAAGCUGUGCCGCAACAAGACAGGAAUAGAUGCAGAGUACGCGUCAGUAAAUCGUGUCGAUCAACGCCGUCGGAGGUUUCAGCUGGUUUCAGAUCCUAUCUCGAGCUGCGGACACAGGUCAUGACUCAUGACGUUGGCCGCCCACCAACGUCACCGAGCGGCCCGAGCGCACAAGCGAGGAGGAGGCUGUGAACCAUAAUGCAUAAUGGCCAUUCACGUCAUUGUCAAGCACGGUCAAAGCCGGAGCACCGCCUCACGCUUGACCCUUGUCUUAAAUCUUCACCUUCCACUCCGUUUCCUGCUUUACCUUCUUGUCUACUGUACACCAUCUUUUCUCAUGGACUCAAGAACUCCUCCCCGAGGGCUACCUCGCAUGACUGGAUUUAGCAGAGUCUAUCGAACCAACCUAAGACCUGUGGUCCUUGCUGUUGCUGGUUUGAGUGCGCUUUGGUCGCUCUUUGCUGGCAUUGGCUAUUUCCGCAGCAUCAAUACCGACAAGCAACAGGGCGUCCCGAAGCUGGGGACAUUUGCCCUUAUUGGGGGAGCGAUCUAUAUGGUUUUAUUUGUUAUGGAGGCUUUCGGUGUAUUUGCGGCUGCGGUGCAACGGCUGGCCCUGGCUCGGAUUUACGCCCUUCUCUCCCUCGCGAUUGUUGCCCUGACAGCUGGCGUUGGGAUCUUCCAAAUCGUGAUUCACUUUACAUCUAAAUCGGACAUCUUGAAGGAGUGCACCAGCCUCAACACCGGAGAUGGUUUUGUUGUCUAUCCCUUUGGCUUCUUCGGGCCAUCGAGACACGACACUCUCAGUGCAGCCGAUGCUGCGGAUUGGUGCAACAAUGAGUACGAGCGCAAUUCAUGGCAGGAUAUUGUUUCCGUUCUGGUUCUGAUCGGCCUGACAAGUUUCUUCGCUAUGCUCGCCUGGGGCUUCUAUCACCAGCUCCAAGACCCUACCAGCGUGCUCAACUUCUCUCGGGCGCCCUCAAACCAGGUCCGGGUCAACUUCCCCACGCAUUACAACCCGCCGUACAACGCAUCAGUCCCUAAUCUCGGAUAUUCGUACAACCCUGGUCAGGCAACUUAUGCGCCUCCUCCUGGACCGCCCCCUCCUCCGGCAAUUCCUACCGAUACCAAGCCCCCGGGGUACCUGGAGGCAGGUGACAUCGGCCGGCCCCUGGUGGACGAGACAAGUUCCAAGUAUAACUUUGAUCACGAUGUGGAUGGACCAAUUCAGUUGUAUUAUGCUACUCUGAUGUAUUUUCGUGAGAAUUAUUUCGGAGAGGAGCUGCGCGAAUUUCCCAAAAUGGCAAGGCGCGUCGCUGGCAUUACCCUUUCCUUCAGACCAUCACCGGCCGCUCUUUCGUUUUAUCGUACUAAAAUGCCUCCAUCGUCACCGCCGUCGACGGCAGCCUCGAAGAUGCAAGUGGCUGGGGUAGUCAGUUUCUAUCUCGUCGCAGCCCUCGCGAUGGUCAUGGCCAACAAAUGGGUGCUGAACGAAACACCAGCCCCGCUGUUCUUCCUGGCGACCCAGAUGUCUAUCGCGGUCGUCCUUUUCCUCAUCACAGACUCGCUGCGCAUGCUUCCGGACCGACUGGUGUUCGAGACGAAGCACUGCAAAGGGCUCGUCGCCAUGGUCGGCUUGAACGUUAUCGGACUGAGCUUCAGCAAUUAUACUUUGAAAUACGUCGACGCGUCUUUCUACCAAGUCGCGCGCGGCCUGGUUCUGCCGUUCACCGUCUGUGUUUCCGGCGUCGUGCUGCACACGCGGCCCUCGCUCCGCAUCCUUGCCUCGUGCGCUAUCGUGACUGCCGGGUUCUUCUGUGGUGUCCUGCUUGACGGGACGUCCGUGUCCAUGAUCGGUAUCGGGUUCGGCGUCGCUAGUUCGACAAUCACGGCGACGCACUCGGUUGUGAUCAAGCAGAGCCUCAAGCUCGUCAACGACAGCACUAUCUUGCUUUCGUGGUACACGAACCUUCUCAGUGUGUUCGUUAUGGCCCCUAUCAUUGUCCUCGUGGAAGGGAGCAGAGUGAUGAAGCUGCUGUUCGAGCCCCAGGCUCCGUCUACCGUCGGCGGCAUGACCCCCUUGAGGACAUUCGUCAUUGGAUCUCUCUUGACCGGCACCGUCGGCUUCAUGAUGAGUCUCGCCAGUCUGUUAUCAAUCAAGGUCACUUCGCCGAUCACGCAUAUGGUUUCCUCUGCCGUGCGCGGCGUCGCUGCGUCCCUUCUCGGUGUCUGGCUUUUCCACGACAUCAUCACGACCGGGCGAGCUACAUCCAUCGCCACGAUUCUCGGGGGAUCGCUUUUGUACACGUGGUUCAAGCACCAGGAAACGGAGGCUGCGAAACAGGGCUACGACCGCGUCCCUAUGUCGGAUCUGGAGAGCGGGAAGGGUGGCGGGAAACAGCCACCGGAGUAAACUAGACAGACGUUGGUUCUGGACGUUGUGUUACUGUUAUCGCUGGCUUUUAUGUAGAAAAUACUGGCACCGGACGCAUGCCAUCUAAUCCAUGUUCGUACUUAGACUUGUUGUACUGGGCAUACCGAGCGGCUGCGCCGGCAGGAUCUCAGC